CGGAUGAUUUUAGCAUCCCGGCAGCCAGUUUCUGUUAAGUUUGGAGUUACUCUGCUCACCAAGACUGCAUGCGUACUUUUAGUAACUAAAUCAAGGCACCGCAUCACAAGGAGUCUGCAUGUCUGACCUGUAGACAUGCUCAGCUUUGUGGAUACUCGGAUUGUGUUGCUGCUCGCAGUAACUUCAUACCUUGCAACAUGUCAAUCUGGCCUAACAGGAGACAAAGGACCCAGAGGUGACAGGGGUCCUCAGGGACCAAACGGCAAAGAUGGCAUGCCUGGACUUCCUGGCCCCGCUGGGCCUCCUGGACCCCCUGGACUUGGUGGAAACUUCGCUGCUCAGUAUGGUGCAAAAGGCCCAGACCCAGGCCCUGGCCCCAUGGGCAUGAUGGGACCCAGAGGCCCACCUGGACCUCCUGGAAGCCAUGGCCCUCAAGGAUUCCCAGGACAUGCUGGUGAGCCUGGUGAACCUGGACAAACUGGCCAGCUUGGUGCUCGUGGACCCCCUGGACCCCCAGGAAAAACUGGCGAAGAUGGUAACAAUGGCAGACCAGGCAAGGCAGGAGACAGAGGUGCACCUGGAGUGCAGGGUGCUCGUGGUUUCCCUGGAACCCCUGGCCUUCCGGGCAUGAAGGGACACAGAGGCUACACUGGUCUGGAUGGACGCAAAGGGGAGCCUGGAUCAGCUGGUGCCAAGGGUGAGACUGGCGCACGUGGUGCCAAUGGAUCCCCCGGUCUGGCUGGCGCACGCGGCCUCCCCGGUGAGAGAGGGCGCGCUGGAGGAGCCGGCCCCGCUGGAGCGAGAGGGAACGAUGGAAACACUGGCCCCGCCGGCCCUGCCGGUCCACUGGGAGCAGCUGGUCCUCCAGGUUUCCCAGGAGCCCCUGGUCCUAAGGGAGAGGUUGGUGCUGUUGGUGCCUCCGGCGUACAGGGUGCUCAGGGUGCAAGAGGCGAACCUGGGACCAACGGCGCUGUUGGUCCAGCUGGCCCUGCCGGCAACCCUGGUAACAAUGGUCUGGCUGGUGCCAAAGGUGCUGCUGGUACCCCUGGUAUUGCUGGUGCCCCUGGUUUACCAGGACCAAGAGGUGGACCUGGAGCACAGGGAUUAUCUGGACCCGCUGGACAAAGAGGUCUGAGUGGUGAUCCUGGUCUAUCUGGUGCCAAGGGAGAUGCCGGUGUAAAGGGAGAGCCUGGUUCUGCUGGUCCCCAAGGUCCCAUUGGCCCUGCCGGUGAGGAAGGCAAACGUGGUCCAACUGGAGAAGUGGGCCUAACAGGUCUCAUUGGCAACCGUGGAGAGCGAGGUGUUCCUGGAGCUCGUGGUCUUCCUGGAGUCGAGGGCAGAGCUGGUCCCAUGGGCAUGCCUGGUGCCCGCGGUGCCUCCGGUGCCGCUGGCCCUCGGGGCCCCCCUGGGGAUGCAGGCCGCGCUGGUGAGCCUGGUGCUGCAGGUGCCAGAGGUCUUCCAGGCAGUCCUGGAAGCGGUGGUCCCCAUGGAAAGGAAGGCCCAACUGGUGCUCCUGGAGCUGAUGGUCGCACUGGACCUGCUGGCCCAACUGGGCCCAGAGGACAGGCUGGUACCAUUGGUUUCCCUGGUCCCAAGGGCCCUGCCGGUGCACCUGGAAAGCCUGGUGACAAAGGUGCAACUGGACCAGCUGGCUUGAGAGGUGCCCCUGGACCUGAUGGUAAUAACGGGCCUGCUGGAGCAAUUGGAGCUGUUGGUAACGCAGGACCAAGAGGAGAAACAGGACCUUCUGGUGCUCCUGGUUUCCAGGGUCUCCCUGGCCCAGCUGGCGGUGUUGGUGAGGCUGGAAGACCUGGCAACAGGGGUAUCUCUGGAGAGAUGGGACCUCAUGGCCCUGCUGGGGCAAAGGGAGAGCGUGGUAACCCUGGGCCUGCUGGAGCAACUGGCUCUCAGGGCCCCAUUGGAACUCGUGGCGCCACUGGACCCCCUGGAGCUGAUGGAGGACCAGGUGAGCCCGGUCUUGCCGGACUCGCUGGUAAUGCUGGACCCCAAGGACCCUCCGGAAUGCCCGGUGAGCGUGGUGCAGCCGGCACCCCUGGAUCUAAAGGCGAGAAGGGAGAGCUUGGACACAGAGGACCAGAGGGUAACGUUGGCAGAGAUGGCGGUCGUGGUGCUCCUGGACCCAGCGGACCCCCUGGACCUUCUGGUGCUAAUGGUGAAAAGGGUGAGAGUGGUUCUUCUGGCCCAGCUGGACCUCCUGGUGUUCGUGGUGCACCUGGAGAGCGUGGUGAACGUGGUCCUGCAGGAUCUGCUGGCUUUGCUGGUCCCCCCGGUAGCAGUGGCCAGGCUGGUGCCAGAGGAGAGAAAGGUGUCGCUGGGGCUAAGGGAGAACUUGGCGCCCCUGGUCCUGCUGGCCCUGCCGGAAACUCUGGACCUGCUGGCCCAGCUGGUCCUGGUGGACCCCCAGGCGCCCGUGGUGAUGCCGGUCCCACUGGUCUGACUGGGUUCCCUGGCCCUGCUGGACGCGCUGGAGCUUCCGGCCCAGCUGGCAUUGCUGGACCCCCUGGCCCCACGGGUGCUGCUGGGAAGGAAGGCCCCCGUGGUCCUCGUGGUGAUCCUGGCCCAGGUGGUGCCCAGGGACCUACUGGUAUGGUUGGCCCUCCUGGUAUGCAGGGAGAAAAGGGAGCCCCUGGACAGGCGGGUACUCCAGGUCCUGCUGGCUCCCCUGGACCCCAGGGUGUGCUUGGUUCUCAGGGCUUUGUUGGUCUUCCUGGCUCAAGAGGUGACCGUGGUCUUCCUGGUGGCUCUGGGGCAGUGGGUGAGCCCGGUCGGUUAGGCCCAGCUGGAGCUCCUGGUCCCCGUGGUCCCGCUGGUAACACUGGUAUGCCUGGCAUGACUGGCGCUCCUGGAGAUGCUGGCCGUGAGGGUAGCCCUGGUAAUGAUGGUCCCCCAGGCCGACCUGGUGCUGCUGGCAUUAAGGGCGAUCGUGGAGAGCCUGGAGCUCAUGGUGCUCUGGGCUUAGCUGGAGCUCCCGGAGCUGUGGGGCACACUGGUGCUAUGGGCAGACCUGGAAACCGUGGAGAGCCUGGUCCUUCUGGUGCUGUUGGACUUGUUGGCCCCGCUGGUGCCGCAGGUGCUGUUGGUCCUGCCGGAGCUCGUGGUGAGAAGGGUGGGCCUGGAUACAAGGGAGACAGAGGCAUGAAGGGACUGCGUGGAUUCCCCGGUAUGCAGGGAAUGAACGGGCCAGCUGGUAUGUCUGGUGAGCAAGGUUCUGCAGGUCCUGCUGGCCCCUCCGGUCCCAGAGGCCCAGCUGGUCCCCAUGGUCCCCACGGAAAGGACGGCAGAGCUGGCCCUCACGGUCCCGUGGGACCUGUCGGCCACCGCGGUCCACCCGGUCACAUGGGCCCAGCUGGCCCCCCUGGAUCCCCUGGUAUUCCUGGCCCUCCUGGUCCUGCUGGCAAUGGCUAUGAAUUUGGCGGUUAUGAUGAGUACAGAGCUGACCAGGGAGCCCUCAGAGCUAAGGACUACGAGGUCGAUGCCACAAUAAAGUCUCUUAGCACCCAGAUCGAUAGCAUUCUCUCCCCAGAAGGCUCAAAGAAGAACCCUGCUCGCACCUGCCGUGACAUCAGGCUCGGCCACCCAGAUUGGACCACCGGAUUUUACUGGAUCGAUCCCAAUGAGGGCUGCAUCUCGGACGCUAUCCAGGCCUACUGCGACUUCUCCACUGGAGAGACCUGCAUCCACCCCAAGCCUGCCAGCAUCGACCGCAAGAACUGGUACAGGAGCAGCGAGAAGACACACGUCUUCUUUGGCGAGACGAUCAACGGUGGCUCAGAGUUCACAUACAAUGAUGAGACCAUUAGCACUCAGUCCAUGGCCACACAACUGGCCUUCAUGCGCCUGCUGGCCAACCGCGCCUCCCAGAACAUCACCUACCACUGCAGGAACAGCAUCGCCUACAUGGACGCUGAGAGCGGUGACCUGAAGAAGGCCGUUCGGCUGAUGGGCUCCAAUGAUGUGGAACUGAGGGCAGAGGGCAACAGCCGCUUCACCUACAACGUGCUGGAGGAUGGCUGCACUAGACACACUGGCCAGUGGGGUAAGACAGUCAUCGAGUACAGAACGACAAAACCAACUCGCCUCCCCAUCCUUGACAUCGCACCAAUGGACAUCGGUGGAGACGAUCAGGAAUUUGGUUUGGACAUUGGCCCAGUCUGUUUCAAAUGAAUGGACCCACGAUAAAAUAAAAUAAAAAAUGAAACGCCUUUCCUCUGUUUUUUUGAUACCAAAUGUUCACUCUUUCUACUCAUCUAAAACUGCUUAAACUGGGGCCUAUUGGUGAAGACAAAAUUGGACUGAAUGGAGCAUGGUGCAAUGCAAAUUAACACAGCAGCCUGAGACGUACAGGGAACACCUUGUCAAGGGGACAUGCCAUCGUUUGUAAAAUAAGAAAAGUGUAAUAAAAAUCAGGAAGAAUCACAUGUCAACUGUGGUCCUUGUGUAUUUUCUGAGGAGGAAGUUUAAAACCACAGCUUCCAAAGGUUUAAGCUACCUCGUCUGUGUUAAAGUCUGACCCACACAUCCUAAACGUACGAGUCGGAAGGCCUCGGUUAGCCCCCUGUCAAAGGUGCUAAGCUCAGUAUUAUGUGGCGCAAAAACUUGAAGCAGUAUUACGGUGCUAUAUGUGCAAACUGCAAGGGAAACCACUUUACUGUACUGCAUUGUGCUGUCUUGGAUACAGAGUUGUCUUGCUGAUAACCCCCUCGUUAAGCAGGUGGACCAUUCCAGUUGUUUGUUUUGUUUUGUUUCCUUUUGUUUCAUUUUUUUAGUUUGGUAACAUCGUCUCUCCCCCUCUACUUUUAUUUUCCUCAGUCCCAGUGUUAAUUCUUUAAGUAUAUUUCUCCCCGUUCCAAUGGGUAAAAGAGGCCUCUUUAUCUCUCUCAAACAAACAGAACGUUUAUUGUACCUAUUUUGUAUAUGUGAGAUGUUUAAAUAAAUUGUGAAGAGUUCUGAAAUAAAGCACGUCCAAUGUUCCAACACA